GAUGGUUCCACCAUCGACUAAUGAACAGCCUCAACAGAGGAGUGUUCUAGAAAUGUACGGUUAUAGAUUAGGUCAAACAUUAGGUAGAGGCACUUAUGCAGAAGUUCUAAGUGCGUCUUCAGAACGCCAUGGAACGGACGUGGCAAUUAAGAUUGUUUCUAAAAAAUUGGCUCCUCGAGAAUAUAUUAAUACCUUUAUGCCACGUGAAUUGCAUGUCGCUAGACUCCUUAAGCAUCCUAAUAUUGUGCGAUUCUUUCAAUCAAUUGAGACAACGAAUCACGUCUACUUAAUCAUGGAAAAAAUUACGAAUGGAGAUCUACUAGAGGAGAUUCGAAAAAAGAGAGUUAUUGACGAGCAGAGGGCAGGGAAAUGGUUUUAUCAAAUGUCAAGUGCAGUUCAAUAUAUUCAUUCAAGAGGCGUUGCUCACAGAGAUAUGAAAUGCGAAAAUCUUAUGCUUGAUAGUAAUUGGGAUAUAAAAUUAGCCGAUUUCGGCUUUGCUAGAGCUCAGAUUUGGACAGAAGAUGGUAGGCCAGUUUUGAGCGAAACCUACUGCGGUAGUUAUGCAUAUGUGCCGCCUGAAAUUUUAAUGUGCAAGCCAUAUCAUCCAACACAAAGUGACAUCUGGGCGUUAGGUGUUAUAUUAUAUGUAAUGAUGUAUGGUACCUUACCAUUCAAUGAUGCCACCUAUCAAACUCUCCUUUCAGAGGCCCUUAGAGGACCGAAUUUUCCUCAUACAAGGGCAGUAAGAGAGGAAGUGAAAAGUUUAAUUGUCAGCAUUUGUCAAAAGGAGAAUAGAGAUCGAAUGACAGUUAGAGAAAUAUUAAGUCAUCAAUGGGUAUCUAGAUUUAAGACUCCUGGAACCAAUACUGCCCGAAUCACAAACCAAUAA